UUUUAACACUUUUCCCUGUUCAAUCCUCCCCUUCCAGUCUCAUAGACAGUAACACUCUGUCUACCAUAAAGCCAGAGCACACCUCCAUACCCUUCAUCGGACUGAGAUUGGGACCGACUUGGGAAAGCUUUGAAACUACUCCUCUCUCUCUCUCUCUCUCGUUGUUUGUCGAAGAAGGAGAAGGAAGUAGUUAGAGAAGGACUAUAAGAAAAUGAACUGAGAAAGACAAGUCUCCUUCCAUCAAAAGGCAAACCAGUUUCUUGAAGACAAGACCAUCUCACCAAACCCCAAUUAAAGAAAUUAAGCUUAAUACAACCAACCCAAGUUUCUUUUUUUCUCUCUCAUGUUGCUCAUUUCUUUCUCUAUAUUUCCGUCUCUCUCCCAUUUCUUCUCCCACCCCACCUCUGUGCCUCUCUCUCUCAUGCAGCCACCUCGCCGCAGAGGACCUCUGCUAUUUUCCGAUACAGGAGCGAUGAAAGGCCGCAAGAACAACAACCUCUCCGUAGUCGUUGUCGUAUUUUCGGUAUUCCUGUUCGGGGUCUUCAUGUAUAACGAAGACGUGAAGUCCAUUGCAGAGUUUCCAUUCUCAAGGCCUAAACAAGAAAUCCAAGAAGAACCGUCCAAACCAACCGUGACCCCCCAUCAAGAAACUAACAACAAGGACGACGUUGGCAAUGGAGUUUCGGUUUCGAUGAAGUCGAGAACUAAACUCGAAAAAUCCCAGGAAAAUAAAUCCGGGGAGAAACAGGACACGGUUGUCGAUUUGAACUCGAUAUUAGGAAAGGAAGAGGAGCAAAAGAUCGAAUUUCCGGUUGUUGAGGAAGAUGAUGAAGAUGUCGAAUUGCCACCAGAAGAGUGCGAUUUGUUUACAGGAGACUGGGUUUUCGAUAACGUCACCCAUCCUCUGUACAAAGAAGAUGAAUGCGAGUUUCUGACGGCCCAAGUGACUUGCAUGAGGAACGGGAGAAAGGACUCUAUGUAUCAGAACUGGAAGUGGAAGCCCAGAGAUUGUUCUUUGCCAAAGUUCAAAGCAAGAUUGCUGCUUGAGAAGCUCAGAGGAAAGAGGCUUAUGUUUGUAGGAGACUCAUUGAAUAGGAAUCAGUGGGAGUCCAUGGUUUGUUUGGUUCAAUCUGCUGUUCCUGCAGGCAGGAAGAGCUUGAAGAAAUCUGGCUCCCUUUCUGUUUUCAGAAUCGAGGGCUAUAAUGCUACAGUGGAGUUUUAUUGGGCUCCAUUUUUAGUUGAGUCAAAUUCAGACGAUCCAAAUAUGCACAGCAUAUUGAAUCGUAUAAUCAUGCCUGAAUCAAUCAAGAAGCAUGGAGUUAAUUGGAAGAGCGUAGACUACCUGAUCUUCAACACGUACAUCUGGUGGAUGAACACUUUCAACAUGAAAGUUCUGCGAGGAUCGUUCGAUGAAGGGUCCACAGAGUACGAUGAGAUCGCACGGCCAGCAGCGUAUGCAAGAGUUUUGAGGACGUGGGCUCAUUGGGUGGACCAAAAUAUAGAUCCUAAACGGACAAUGGUCUUCUUCAGCAGCAUGUCUCCUCUGCAUAUCAAGAGCGAGGACUGGAACAACCCGGAUGGCAUAAAGUGUGCUAAGGAGACCACCCCAGUUCUAAACAUGUCCACCCACUUGGAAGUAGGCACGGAUCGAAGGCUUCUUGUUAUUGCAAGCAAUGUGACAAAAUCAAUGAAAGUAGGCGUCCACUUCAUAAACAUCACCACCCUUUCUGAGUACCGAAAAGAUGCACACACCUCGGUCCACACCAUCCGUCAAGGCAAGAUGCUAACAAAAGAACAACAGGCUGACCCGGCCACCUAUGCAGAUUGCAUCCAUUGGUGUCUUCCCGGGUUGCCCGACACAUGGAACGAGUUCCUCUACACACGUAUUAUCUCAAAAUCUUGACGUGCAAAUUCAUAACUAUUGUCCAUCCAUUAAUUUUUUUGUUGGGUUCACUCCCAUCUCAGUUUUUGUUCCCCUUGUAAGCCCAUGUAAUUUCCCUUCAAUUUACUCCUUUAGCUUUCUAGGGCCUUGAUUCUAGGGUUGAACCAUUGAAUUUUUUGGGUUCUGCUCAUUUGGUAGGUGGGAGUUAAGCAUGCCAGAUUUCUGCCAACUAGGCAAAAUUUGCCUAAGAGAGACCAAAAAAUGGGCAGUUGACACACCUAUCGGAAUUGUUCAAUGCAUACCAAAGAAAAUAAAAUAACUACAAAUUGUAUGUAAA